AUGUCCAAAAAAUGUUCUUAUUUUCUUGAAACUCCACCCAGAAAUUACAGCUUUUUGGGUUUUUAUCAAUAUCGUCGACAGCAGUCCGAUUUCACUUUCUCAUUUAGAAAGGAGGCCCUUAAGCUCAAGUGCGAUCUCAACGAACUAAUGAAUGAUGAUUCAGAGGAAGUUAAGACGGCUGAGAGUUCAAUGUGCGCCCUGCUCUCUGAUGAUUGCGUAUCCGUCGUAUAUCACAAGAUUCUUUCUUGUGCGCACAACUACGGUGGACAUUUGCGUACUGUUCACCUUAUGGCUUGCGUACCCGUUGUGCGUCCGUUGCGAUAUCAUGACGUCCGGGUAUUUUGGAAUGUAAUAGAAUCAUAUACCGUCAGUUCGAAUUUACACUUAGAUAAGGUAAUGACUGCUCGAACCGUGAUGCACGGAACCAGGAAUUUGAUCAAGACCGCUAUCAAAGAAGUCAACAGAACAUUGAAACCCGAUGAAAGUUUAGUUUCUAAUAAUAAAUUGGAUGAUGAUGACGUGACUCCUAGCCGAAAGAAGCAAAGAACUGAUGCUGAGUUUCCUCCUUCUACAAGCGUGCAAACAUCCACCAUUUUUAAACCUGAUAAUGUAAGCACUGAAGAGCUUGGGGACGACGAGGAAAUCAAAUUUGAUCUAACAGCCAUUUCGAUGGAAUUGAAGCGCGAACCAAUGGUUAAAUGGGAAGUUGGUUGUAUUAAUAUAACUGAUAGAUUUCGGUGUUAUCAGGAAGACGUUCUCAAGAAGGCGGAAAGAGAGGGUUUAAAAUAUGAGAAUAUUUACGAACUCUUAGCUUUAUCGUCAAUAAUGGUGCUGUGCUGGCCAUGUCCAUACCCCAUGUUCACGAAUCAAGAAUGGGAAGAGAUAACGAAAACUAAUCCUUAUACCAUAAGCGAACCACCACUUCCACCGGAAAUUUCGUCUUCUCUUCAUGAUGUAGUUAAUAGAUAUUUGAUUGGUGGAGAUGUCUUCAUGGAAUGUGGAAACACAGAGUUGAAUAGGAUGGUUGCACUCAUGUUUAACAACCUAUAUUAUGGUAUUACAGAGGUUGCUCCUUCGAAGUUGUCCGAGGAAGAGCACUGUGAAAUGUUUAUUUAUCCAAUUGCUCGUUCGUUUCGUAAAUCCAAAAAAGAAUACGAACUUAAAUUAAAUCGUGCCAACGUUGGCUCAAAGACGAGACCAGACCUUUCUUGUACAGUGAAUGGUGUACCAAUCCUAAACUCGGAGUUUAAGCCACUGGGUUGUACACCAUUACAACGGAAGAAGGAUAAGUUGAAAGUUCAGUUAAAAGCCCGAAAAUCAAUUAAUCAACAAUUGAAAAGUAAGGGAGGCCCAGGUGAAGCUGUCAUGUUUCUAAACAUGGGUGAUUCAAUGGAAUCAUUCUUCAUGGAUCUGAAGUACGAUGGGUUAUACCGCUCCUGGUCGUUUCUCACAACCAAACUAGUGGUUGACAAGGCUACGAUCCCAUUAGCGGGGUUCGCAAUCGGCCAUUUUAUGGCUUUGGAGGAACGUGUUGAAAAGAUUGCGAAGGACUUCAAAUAUCGAAGUAGUCAAUUCACGCCACCUGCACAGAUGUCUUUUGUGCGCAAGCUUCCGGAAAAUUAA